CCAUAAAACCAAACUCCACAUUUUUAGAACAGAGAGAGAGAGAUUGAAGACAACGCGAGAACAAUGUUGUCCGGAGGAAGAAUGAGCUCAAACCUGUCUGAUAACUCGAAGACCACCAAAGCCAACAUUAAUGGAUCUCCCAUGUCAGCCAGAACCUUCAAAAGCUCGGCAAAGAUGACCAGUAAGGUGACGCCUCGUGUUGCCGCAGGCGGCUCCACUUGGAGCAUGACUCCUCUGAUGGAGGUUUUGCCUGGCUCUUCCCCACCUGCUGGUAGCAGCAGCUCAAGCCCUAUCAGCCCUUUGAGCUCCAAGACUUGCUCUCCCAAAUCAGAGAAGACUCAAUUCUUCUCUGACUUGCCUACAAACGCGUCCACAAGAUUAAACCAGGAAGGGUUGGAGAUUAAUGCCAAAGACUUUGGCCGGCUCUGUCUCACCAAUUUCCAGGCCAAUCCUCACAAGGGUUCCUGCCUGAGCAAGCUAUCAAUGACCGAUACCUCAUCCUCUCCUCACCAUGAAAUUGUUGGGCACCAAUCAAACUCAGAGAGAGACGAGAGGUCUGUUGAUGAAGAGGAUAGCCAUUUGGCACAAGGUGAGCAGAGCACAAAUGAAGACUCGGAUUGCGAAAGCCCGAUUGCCGGACGAGAUAAGCUGAUGGAUCGGCCGAAGCCGUACCAUGAGUUCUUGGAUGAAGUCAAGAAGCAGGAGCUGCAGGCUGAGGUUGAGGCAUGGAAGAAAGCUGAGCAGAUGAAGCUUAUGACCAAGUUGAGACAAGAAGAAGCUGCCAUUGAGGAAUGGGAAUUCAAGCAGACCAGCAAGGCCUUGAAGGACAUCAAAAAGCUUGAGAUUAAGCUGGAGAAGCAACGUGCAAAAGCAGUUGAGAACACAUGGAAGAAAAUAAACAUGACCAAAGAGGAGGCAAACAAGAAGAAGAUACGAGCCAGGCAAUGUACAAUCGGAAGACUCUCAGAGGUAUCGGAAAAUUCUCAGAAGCCCUACUCCACCAAGACCGUAGUGUGGAACAAACUCACUGUUUACUGCAAGACCAUUUACUUCAAAUCCGUGCGAGGCAAGGCGCCAACAUCAUCAGAACGGCAAAGGUCGUUAAAGUAGCUCUCUCCCUUGAAGGGUUAAACAUAAGCUAUCUGACAGUAGAGGCAGUGGUACUUCGGUUAACUAAUUUCAUGUCAUCGAAUAAUCUUGGAUAUGUGCCAGAAAUCGUUGUACCCUGUAUUUCUUGAAUAAACUUUGGGUAUCAAGCAAACCCUUAUUUUCUUGCGCAAAAC